AUGAUCAGCACUAGAAAUUUGUUCAAAUUCCUGGUAAUAGUUUUUUGUCUUUUUGGUAAUGGGUUUUGUCUACAAACAGACACCAUUAACGCCGGUGUAGUGCUUAAAGAUUCUGAUACUAUAAUUUCCUUCAGCGAGUUUUUCACCUUGGGAUUUUUCAGCCCCAAUGGCACUACUCGGCGUUACUUGGGCAUAUGGUAUAAAGUUUCUAAAGAUACAGUUGCUUGGGUUGCUAAUCGAGAUAGGCCUCUCAAUGAUUCAUCCGGGACCUUUUCGAUAUCCACAGAUGGAAAUCUUAUAAUCAUGAAUGGAAAUAGAGAGAUUAUUUGGUCAACAAAUGUUACAUCAAAUUCUACAACUUUCGGGUUGAAUACAACUGUAAAGUUACUAGAUACCGGAAAUCUUGUCCUCCGGGAUAUCGCCGGCGGAACUACACUAUGGGAAAGCCACCGGUAUCCCACCAACACAUUUUUGCCAGCAAUGAGAAUAAUCCACAACACGAGAACAGGCCAAAGGGUAUCAAUAAAUUCCUGGAGAAGUCCUCAGGAUCCUAAUUAUGGAAUUUUUUCUGCGGGUCUCUAUGCAGUUGGGAUCCCACAAAUUUAUAUAUGGGAUAAUGGUCGUCCAAUCUGGCGCAGUGGUCCAUGGAAUGGCCGAGUUUUCACCGGAGUAACCGGCACGUACUCUGACUUUGUCGAUGGAUUUAACGUGGCAACUGAGGAAGAUGGCACCUUAGUUUUCACACGAGCUUUUCGACAAAAGGCCUUAAUGACGAAUUAUAUAAAUACCGAAGGAGUUCUUGUGGAAGCAGCGUGGGAUGAUCAGAAGAGAGAUUGGAGUCCCACAUGGCAAGCCCCAAUAGAUGAUUGUGAUUUCUAUAACAAAUGCGGUCCAUUUGGAAUCUGCUAUGCAAACAAUAGGCCAAAAUGCAGUUGCUUAAAAGGGUAUGAACCGAAGAACAGAGAGGACUGGGAUAGGGGCAAUUGGAGUGGUGGAUGCGUGAAACGGACUCCCCUGCAGUGUGAUCGAGAUAAUAAUGCAACUGAUAAACACAAACUGGAUAAAUUUUCGAAGACAACUCCGGUGAAAGUGCCAGAUUUUAUGCUGUGGUCGACCGGUAUAGAAACUGAAUGCGAAGGCCUGUGCUUGAGUAAUUGUUCUUGCAUAGCCUAUGCAUAUGAUCAGGGUAUUGGGUGCAUGUUCUGGAGUGGAAGCUUAAUCGACAUUCAAAAGUUCUCCAGGGAUGCAGGUUCAGAUUUCUUUGUUCGGGUGGCUUAUUCAGAACAGGAUGAAAAGAAAGACAAGAAAGUAAUUAUCAUAGCGUGUGUAGUCGCCAGUUUGGCUGCCACGGGCAUUUGCAUUUUUUUAUCUUGGCGGUGGAUGUCUAAGCAAAGAGGCCAGCGUGUAACAUUAGAGUAUGGAGGAGGUGAAGUAGGCCAAUUGGAUUCAAGUGAAACCGUGCUUCGAAGUGAAACCAUGGAUAAAGUUAAUAUUGAAGAGUUACCACUAUACAGUUUCGAGAUGAUUGAUAACGCAACGAACAAUUUUGACAUGGCCAAUAAGCUCGGAAUGGGUGGUUUUGGUCCUGUUUUUAUGGGAAAAUGGGCAAAUGGGAAAGAAAUUGCAGUGAAAAGGCUUUCAACAGAUUCUGGACAAGGGCUGGAAGAAUUUAUGAAUGAAGUGGUUGUCAUUUCUAAACUCCAACACCGCAACCUUGUUAGACUACUGGGAUGUUGUGUAGAGAAAGGCGAAAAUAUACUCAUCUAUGAGUACAUGCAAAACGGAAGCCUAGAUGUCUUUCUCUUUGAUUGUUCUCAUAACAUUCUUGAUUGGAGGAAACGUUUCAAUUUUGGAAUGGCCAGAAUAUUCGGAGGAAACCAAGAUCAAGCCAACACGAGAAGAGUCGUAGGAACGUACGGAUACAUGGCUCCUGAAUAUGCAAUGAGUGGCAAAUUUUCAGAAAAGUCAGAUGUUUUCAGUUUUGGCGUUUUAGUAUUGGAGAUUGUAAGUGGGAGAAGGAACACGAGCUUCUACGAUGAUGACAUGUCUUUAGGCCUUUUAGGAUAUUUGUGGAAAUUAUGGAACGAAGACGAUGUUCUAGAUUUGAUUGAUCAGAGAAUAUCAAGUCCAAGCUCAUUGGCAGAGAUUAUGAGAUGCAUACACAUUGGACUGUUGUGCGUUCAAGAACUUCCCGUAGAUAGACCCUCCAUAUCAACUGUUCUGUCAAUGCUUAGCAGUGAAAUUUUUGACCUGCCGGUGCCUAAGAAUCCUGGAUUUACAGACAGAGAAAAUGGGAAAUGGGCGAUACUGCUGAGUUCGGGUUUUUUCUGUGAAAUUGAGCGGGGAAUGGGUGGAGGAUUUUGCAUUGAAUCAGACAAUAUCAUAGCCAGUUCAACUCUCAAAGACGGUGACACAAUAGUAUCCAGUGGCAAGGUUUAUAGAUUAGGGUUCUUCAGCCCAGAAAAUACUACUAACCGCUAUUUGGGGAUAUGGAAUAAUGUUUCUGCAAUAUCUAUAAUAUGGGUAGCCAAUAGAGAUAAGCCUCUCAACGACUCUACUGGGAUUGUAACCAUAUCCGAGGAUGGUGAUAUUCUACUUCUUAAUGGAAAAAAUGAGAUUUUUUGGUCAUCAAAUGUUACAAAGUCUCCAAUGAAUACAACUGCUCAGCUUUUGGAUAAUGGAAAUCUUGUUUUGAUAGACAAUUCAAAUGGGAGAAACGUAUGGGAAAGUUUUGGGCAUCCUACUGAUGCUUUUAUGCCAAAACUUAAAUUAAAUGACAACCCAAGAACAGGGGAGAGAGUAUUGCUAACUUCAUGGAAAACCCCACAGGAUCCAGAUUAUGGAAGUUUUACAGCUGGUUUACAAGCUUUAAACAUUCCACAGAUAUUCAUAUGGAAUGGGAGUCGUCCACACUGGCGAAGUGGUCCAUGGAACGGUCAGAUUCUUACCGGAGUCACAGACAUGUAUGCGGUGUACCUUGAUGGAUACAGUGUAACCAAGUUCGAUGAUGGUACUGUCUCGUUUAUGCGAGAUUACUACGGUAAAAUCUUAAUGAAGAUAAUUCUGAAACCAAAUGGAAGUUUUGUUCAAACAAUGUGGGAUGUUAACAGAAGGGUUUGGAAUGUUACAUGGAUAGCUCCUAUAGAUGUUUGUGAUGUUUAUGGUAAGUGUGGGCCAUUUGGAAACUGUAAUCUACGAAAUUCACCAAUGUGUAGUUGCUUGAAAGGAUACGAACCCAAGAACAAGGAGGAAUGGGAUAAAGGGAACUGGAGGGGUGGAUGUGUGAGGAAGACAUUGUUGCAGUGUGAUAGAAAUAAUAAUUCAAGUGAUAAAAACAAAGAAGAUGUAUUUUGGAAGAUAACGAACGUGAAAGUUCCGGACUUUAUGGAUGUGUCGACUAGUCUAGAAGCAGAAGAAUGUGAAGGUUUGUGCUUGAGGAAUUGUUCCUGUGUAGCCUAUUCACAUGACCCCGGGAUUGGUUGUAUGUUCUGGAACAGAAGCUUGAUCGAUGUCCGAGUGUUCCCUGUUGGUGGCUCGGUUCUUCAAGUUCGGGUGGCAUAUUCGGAGAUUGAUAAGAAGACAGACAUAAGGGUGAUUGUCAUUGUUCCAGUAACGGUUGGAUUAGUUAUCGUGUUUAUAAGCGUAUUUUUUGCUUGGUGGUGGAUGUCUAAGCGAAAAGGGGCUAAACGAAAAGGCAGAAUAUUAACAUAUGAAGUAGGGAAAGCAUAUAUAUCAGGUUCAAGUGGCGUUGUUCUUAGAGAUAAUAUUGAUGAAGCUAGUCUGGACGAGUUGCCAUUAUUCAGCUUCGAGAUGCUGGAAACUGCAACUUUUCAAUUCGAUGUGACUAAUCUACUUGGGAAGGGCGGGUUUGGUCCUGUUUACAAGGGAAAGUUGGGAAAUGGAAAAGAUAUUGCAGUCAAGAGGCUUUCGAGAGCAUCUGGACAAGGGCUGCAAGAAUUUAUGAAUGAAGUUGUUGUCAUUUCCAAACUACAACACCGUAAUCUUGUUAGCUUACUGGGAUGCUGUGUUGAGAAAGGAGAAAAGAUGCUGAUCUACGAAUAUAUGACAAAUAGAAGCUUGGAUUUAUUUCUCUUUGAUAGAUCACAAGAGAUUCUAGAUUGGACGAAACGUUUCAAUAUUAUUGCAGAUUUUGGAAUGGCCAGAAUAUUCGGAGGCAACCAAGAUCAAGCCAACACUGGAAGAGUUGUGGGAACAUAUGGAUACAUGGCCCCUGAAUAUGCAAUGGGAGGAAAAUUUUCAGAAAAAUCUGAUGUAUUUAGUUUUGGAGUUUUGGUGUUAGAAAUCAUAAGUGGGACAAGGAACACGAGCUUCUACAACGACGACUCUUCUUUGAGCCUUUUAGGAUAUGCAUGGAACUUAUGGAAUGAGGACAAAGCAGUGGCUUUGAUAGAUGGAAGAAUAUCAAGUCCAAGUUUCUUGGACGAGAUUUUGAGAUGCAUACAUGUUGGACUAUUGUGUGUUCAAGAAUUCCCUUUUAAAAGACCGAAUAUAUCAACUGUUCUUUCGAUGCUUUGUGGUGAAAUUGUAGAUCUGCCUUUGCCAGAGCAACCUGCAUUUAUGCAAAACUUGAUUCGUUCUUUUUCUUCUUCCCAAAGCCAUACGAAUACAAGGGGCUCUUCCAUGUUUGAGGGACGAUGA